AUGGUCCAAAAGAUGGUAGACGAACUUGCAAAGUACAAUAUAAACGUUUUGGACCAGGAGACGUUUUCCACAUGCAUGAAGGCAACCCAAAACUGUUCCUGCAUAGACAAGAGGACAAAGGUGGUUUCCCAUAUCACAAAGGACGAGCUUUCUGCACUGCAUGACAUUAUAGGUUUCCUUGGCGAUGACAUGAAUGCGGAAUUCGAGGUCGAUUUGCUACUCAAAUUCAAGAGGUUUAACCUGGAAUAUGAGAGGCACCCUUGUGACUUUGCUGAGCUCAAGAAAAUCUACUACACGUUCCGCAAGGAUGCCAUUUUGAUUGAGACUCACAACAGGAAUCCAGACAGACUGUACAACAUGGGCUACAACCGGCGUACCGGCAUGGUGGUCGACUACACUCCUGAGGUAGAUGUAGGCUACGGGGACCUUUUUAAAGACCCGAAAAAGGACAUUGGAAGCGGCCAGUAUAGCCUCAAGGGGAGCUUCCGCCAGAGUCUCCACGAAAAGUACACGCCACUGCCGUUUGACAGAACGGAAAUUGCCAAGGUACCAAAAGCAACGUUUACCUGGCAGGAUAAAGGAUACGUUGCUCCAGCUCUCAACCAGGGAAUCUGUGGCAUCUGUUGGGGAAUGUCAUCAAUCGCUACACUCGAGACAUUCAUGGCGGUAAAAAGGCAAAGGUUCGAGCCGUUUAGUGUGCAGCAACUCCUGGACUGCGUAUCUCAGAAUCACACCUGUUUGGGAGGAGCGAUGGAACCCACUGCAGAGUACAUUAAGACGCAUAAAAUGUGCACAGAGGACGAGUAUCCAUACACUGGCCAAAAGGGUGCAUGCGAUGAUAAAAAGUGCAAGACAGAGACUCUCAUCAAUGAGAUUGCAUUUAUUGGCUAUAAAGGUGCCAAAGACUUUUUACAAAACCACGGAGCCUUUUCCAUCGAUGUGGAUAUCCCCAGGGAGUUUACUCACUACGAAUCUGGAGUCUUUAAUACAACAGGCCCAAAGUAUAUACGACAUGCAAUGACCGUGGUAGGAUAUGGAAGGGAUACUGACAGAAACGUCGAUUACUGGAUCGUCAAAAACUCCUGGGGAACAGACUGGGGAGAAGACGGUUUUGUUAGGAUACUCGAUGAACCCAUAAAUGGCCCAGAUGGCACACAAACCUCCUUUUGUGGAGUCACUGAAAGGGCUAGUGGGUUUCUCUAA